AUGAUGACGCCUCCACCGGAGCUCCUACCAGAUGAGCUUAAACGAUCUCGCCGAAUAAAACUGUAAGUUGAAUUGUUAAAUAAAGAAUCAGGGAAAUCAGCAGAAAGAAAAGUCUCACAGAAAAAACCGACAUCGAUGGAGUUAGAAGAGAGAUAUUAUGGAGUUAGAAGAGAGAUAUUAUUUAAGAAAAGACAUCUCCAAGUCAUAGAAAAUCGUUAAAAAGGGGCUUUGAACCCUUAUUUCUCGGAAAUUAAAAGGUUAUGCUGGUUGAGACUUCCAGGAUCUUUUUUUGAAACGUUAAGGAGUGUUCUGGCCAGAUUCCAAAAGAAAAAAAAAAUGCUAGGAAAAGAGUUGAAUUUGAUUAAAAGACCAGUGUGAAUUACGUUACACUCUACCUAAAUAUAAUUCACAAGGAAGGUCAUUUCACUCCACAAUGCAUCAACGCUCUAAAAAUUUACUUUCUGAAGUCCCAGAUGAAGGUUCUGAAAGUCUCAACCCGCACAAUUUUGUAGUUUUUGAAAAAAAAGCCGUUGAAAUAGGUCAAUUUUGAGCUUUGAGCCCUAAUUUAUCGAAAACUGAAACAUUUUUGAAGGUUGAGACUUUCAGGAUUUUCUUUUGGUACAUCAAAGAGUGUUCUGGCCUAGUUCGAAGAAGUUCCCAACAACAAAGUAAAAUGAUCAUCCUUGUAAAAGCGAAAAGUCGACAUUAUUCGGCUAACUGUAGAAAUCACUAAAUUAUCAAUUAUUGUCAGUUGAUUUUAAAAUAUCACUGAGAAAGAACUAAUACAGUAUUUUCCAAAGGUACUGUGACCGCAAGAUCACGACAGUCAUUCCCUCAAAUUUGUGAAAAUCCUCGAUUUUCAAUUCACUUUCACGGCUUGACUUUUCCUGGAAGAAAAUUUCGGGUUGACGAAACUUUUGUUGUGAUGUUCUUCAGGGCUUUCUGAUUGAAAAAACCGAGAAUUUCGCUUUAUUUUCAACCCUUUGGUUGUGUCACGGGGGGAUGGAACUUGUGGCCCUUAAGACCGUAGACAAGCCUUAAAAACAGACUAAAGUACUGACUUUAAUUCAGGAAAACGGUGAUGAGGGUCUUCGAGAAAUCUCAGUUCAUUUAUCCUUUUUAGCCAUCUUUGUUCAAUAAUAUUCAGCCUCUAUUUGAUAGAAAUUUUGUCGGCUAAAGGUUGAGACCGCAAAGCCACGCCCCUUUUCGCGAUGGUGAAAUGCACUGUUUUUUCAGAUUUUGUGUUCGUUGUUUUCGUACAAACGCAAUAAUGACCAGGGAACGUUUUUUACCCCCCGGUUAAACUUUUGCUGAAACUUUGCUGAAUCGUACUUUAGGACCCCCUGAUUGCAGAUCAAGAAAAAAGUUUCUCGCAAUAGAUCUUGUCUCCGAGUUAUCGAGCUUCGAAGUGUGCAAAAUACGCUAAUUAGGCCAAAAAAUCGCUAUUUUGGCUAUUUGAAGUGUCCUAACUCGAAAACGAGAUCUAUUGCGAGAAAUUGUCUUUUUGUUCUGGAAUCAGGGGGUCCUUAAGUACACUUCAGCAAAGUAUCGGCAAAAGUUCAACCGGGGUGAAAAACGUUCCCUAGUGAACCAAAAACGGAGAAAAUUGGGAUAAACAUGCCUAAAUGUCUGAGCUUGCAGCCGGCGUGAGGUCGUCGCCCCAGCCGGACCGACCUCCGAUCUCCUCGCGGGUCCGUGGCGAGAAGCUCGUCCACCACUACAUGCAAGCCUCUCCCGACUCGACUAUUCCUGGGUUUGA